GGAAGUUUAGAAGGACGUUUCGUCUCUCCUUUUCUCAGAUUUACAGUCAUGGCUCUAUUCUCUGAGCUGGAUAUGAGAUUCUGGGUGGAUAAAGCAGUGCAGUGGGGCCAGGCUACAUCUCCCAGCGCACAGCAGGAUAUGAGCAAACACAUGCCGUCUUUGAGGACCCUCCUCCAGCAGCUUGUACAUGCACUACAGACAAUGGGCUCUACCACUAAGGCCAUGAAGAGCUUCCCUUUUGUGGGCCAGUUCCUGGGAAGACUUUGUUGGAACCCAUAUGUUACUGCGGAUGGAGCAAGUAGGAGGCUCCUGCUGCAUUGUGUGUGGCUUCUGUAUAGUGCUGAGCCUCAGAAUGCAGUGGAGGAUCGGGCCAACACGUGGAUACGGAAUUUGCUGUGCCAUCUGACUUCAGAAGAUGAGGACAAUGUGGUGCACGCCUUGGAGAAAAAUGCUGGCUUCCCACCUCAGCAAUUUUAUACAAGGUGUCUUGAAAAGAUGGUGGCAUUACUGACAACUGAGCUCAAUGUUACUCCUAUUACUUCAGCAGCCUCUUUAAAAAGGUGCAGGUUUGACAGUAUCCACUCUUUAUCAGUAUUUUGUGUCCCCUUGGUCACAUGUCCUGAGGUAGCCCCUCUUAUCGGUGCACUGUUAAAGCAUUGUAAUCUUUGUCGCUGUUUUGAUCUCAGUGAAGAGUUUGUAGAGGCAGUUAACACCGCCUGGCUCAGUAAGAAGCUGUUGAUGGAGGAUGUUGCUGUGAUGGCUCUGUGGUGUUAUAGUCUGCCCUGCUUAGAGCAGGCAGUUCUGCUACUGCUUGAGCGUGUCCUUUCUGACCCGAAAGUGAUGCAGAUUCUAAAGACAGUUGUCACUGAGACUUUACUGCCCAAAGCAUCAGCGCUGCACUACCACAUCUUUCUUAUUGUGAAUGAUAUUUUCAGAAAUGCUGUAAUAAAAAUAGAAGAAAAUUUUGCAAUGAGAAGUCUGUUACAAGUUUUCACCUGCUGUUUUCUUCAGAGUCGCGCUGCCCUGAGGCCACAGGAAAGACUACCACUGAGACUAUUUUUUCCCCAUGUACCUCACAACCUGCUCACACCUUUAUUGACAGCACCAUCAGACGUGCCACAGCAUGUGUGGUUUGAGCACCUGCGCUGGAUUGGGACAUUACUAGAGAAGUUCCUUCAGGAGAGAAUCGAGGAGGAGGACACCAAAAGGGGGCACAGGGCUGUGUUUGAGGUUUGGUUCUUGCUUGUAGAGUGUGGUCACUGGAUAGAUGCAGCUGCCAAGAUGCUGGUCUCCGUAGGAUCUGAGCAAUUAGAGCCUCUGCUCUUCAUCUUAACGUUCUACCACCACCCUACCAACAGAGGGCACCACAGCCCUCAACACAAUUUGGUGGCAAGACAGGCAUGGAGUGAUUUGAAGAGCCUCUUCCUCGCCCAAACCCUGUCUCCGGAUUGUCUGUCUACUGUGAAGGAGCUGCUCUGUACUCUGUCAGCAAAUCUCGUUCUCAAUCUUCUGCUUAACUUUGCCUUGUUUUCUCAAGCAUCAACCAGCAGGGUGACAGAUAUUAUACAGAAGGUGCUGACUGAUUCUGGUGUAAGGCACAGCGCCAUGUGCAUGCUAUCCUGUAUGCAGCAAAGCCUAAAAGAAGACGGUGUAGCGAGUGUGAGGCUCAGGAUGCUUGAGGACAGACUCCGAACACCCUAGUGCCUCGGACUGGGCUCCAACUCGUGGACAUGCCCAAACGCUGGCAUGUGCUAAGCUGUUUAUUAGGACAAGGAUUCCUGGCAUGGUAUAGUUCCAGACUGAAAGCCCGGGCUGUUGAAAAUGACAUUUAUACAUUGAGCACAGCUGCUGGUUUUAUUUUGAAAGUCAGGGCUGAUAUGCAAUGACGUUAGGCUAAUUAAAAUAAACAGACGCAUGUAUACAUAAGGAAAUCCGUUUAAAAAAACCAAUUUAGGAAAAUAUGUAUAAAGGUUAUGAAAUUAUUUCUUUUUUCUUUGUAAAUGAUACAAUGCUUCUUUUGUGUACAGAUGUAUGUUUAGCUUUUGCCAUUGAAGUCAGGACACAUGAACUCAGUGUUUCUGUGUAGCGAGGGCGCUCACAGGAUCUGAAUCGGAUCCUUUUCCAUGUGUCACAGAAAAGGUUCUCCAAUCCAAUGACGUAUAUUGUUGUGAACAUAUUUUGACUGAAACAACACCAAUUUUGUACAUGAAAACAGAGCACACACUACACACUAAAUAAUGUAAAUACUGUUGCAGUUUAUUUAUAUUUAUUUUUGAGUGCAGGCUAGGUUACUAAAAGCAUGUUCGUAUUUGUAUCAGCUCAAAUCAGGGUUUCGAUUCUGGUUAAUUUUAUAUAAAAAAAGGGAAAGAGAAUCUUUGCCAAUGUUUACCGAGAACUGCUACAGACAUAGUUUUUUAAUUAUUGUUAUGUACAAUAACUGUAUAUUUGUAGAUAUGAGAAAGUCAUUAAAUUUUUAUUCAAAAGCA